GGUGAACUACUCCUUUAAGUUUGGUGCAUGUUUAUCUGUCAUAUGGCAGAUCUAAAAAAUCAUGAAGUAAAAUAUAACCCAGACUGUAUUAAAUUCAGUGUCACUUGCGUUCGAUUUUAUGUACGAUCUAAAAGACAUUUUUGUUUACCUAUGUACAAUACAUUUUUUGGAUAGUUUGGGUCACUAUCACUAGGUUGCCACUUCGAUGUAAAAUCUUUGUCCUAUGAAGCAGAACCAGCUGAGAAGCUCGAGUCUGAAGGUCUGAAGUUUAUUAGACGAUGGAUUUAUUAAUCUGUACUAUAUUUAGAGUCUGUAAAGCUAUAAUGGCAGUAAAAAUGUCAGUCUUUCCACUGCCCUUCAUUUCCAUCCUAAUAUCAGCAUGCGUGUACCAGUUUAAAUAUUUAGACAUGGGCAAAAAAACUCCCUUUCUCUUUCUAGUUUGCUCUCUAAUUUUUGUCUACAUUCCACUAGCUUCUCCCAAGCUAUAAAUAACCGGCCGAAUGAAAGGAAUAGAGACCAAGAGUAAGACCAAAAAAGAUGGGACAGAUGAAGGGUGACUUGAGGCGGAGGGGAAAAAAGAGAAAGAAAGUUGUAGGCUGUGGGGGGUGAGUUUAAAUGAAACCAGGUGGGGUGUCGGUGUGCGCGGGGGCUGGUGCUUAUGUGUAUGGAGGGGGUUGGUUGGUUAUGUGUGUGAAUCUGUACGCUGUUCUGUUCUUCCAGAGUUGGACAAAUUUGGAAUUUGGGCCACAGACCAGGAAUUUUCAUAAUGGGGGGGUUCUGGGGGCGGAGGUUGGCCGUGCAGGGGGGCUGUAUGGGGAUCGGAAUAGGCCGUCCUUCUCUCUUCCGACUUUCCCUCCCCUGCAUACAUUCAUAGUCCAGCUGUCCGUCUCCACGCUCGCUCUAUCAGACUGAGGAAGGACAGAAGACGUACAAGAGGCAGAGGAUCCUGGGUGCUGACCCACAAAGCCACCGGAAGAACAUAGCAGAAAGAAACGUGCAGAAGAAGCUUGGCCUAUUCCUUCUGUAACCUCUCAGCACCAAUCCACACCAAACUUCUACGAGUGUGUGCAUGUGUGUCUGAUUCCUUCUCUUUUCUCAACACUCCCAGAAGUGUGUUUUCCUCUUUGCUCAUAAGAGAGUGCUGAAGAUGUGUGUGAGGAUGCGGCCCAUGUAUCUUUUGGUGUUUUGCAUGUGCAUCUCUGUGUUUCUCCACCACGCUAUUUCACAGCCUCCCACAGAAACUGACACCUACACGAAAUGUACAGAUGGGUAUCAUUGGGAUCCACAGACACAACAUUGCAAAGAUAUAAAUGAAUGCGAGACAAUCCCAGAGGCCUGUAAGGGAGAGAUGAAGUGUUUCAACCACUAUGGCGGGUACCUGUGCCUCCCUCGCUCUAUUGGCGUCAAUGAGCCACCAAACCAGAUUCACCCCAAUUUGGAGAAUGUUGCCAACGAGCCUUUCAAUCCAUGUCCUACUGGUUUUGAGCCUCUGGGAGACAGCUGCGUGGAUGUGGAUGAAUGUAAACGAGACACGCAUGACUGUCAGCCAAGUCAGGAGUGCUUCAAUACAGAAGGAUCCUUCACCUGCCAAUGUCCAGACGGUUACCGCAAAGUGGGCACGGAAUGCAUUGACAUCGAUGAGUGCCGGUAUCGCUACUGUCAGCAUCGCUGUGUUAACGUCCCGGGCUCAUUCUCCUGCCAGUGUGAGCCUGGUUUCCAGCUGGCGAGCAACAAUCGCUCCUGUAUCGAUGUUGACGAGUGUGGCAUGGGGGCCCCCUGCAGUCAGAGGUGUUACAACACAUACGGGACGUUCCUCUGUCGCUGUGAGACGGGUUAUGAGCUGGGGCCAGAUGGCUUCGCUUGCAAUGACAUCGAUGAGUGCAGUUUCUCCAGUUAUCUGUGCCAGUAUCAGUGUGUUAAUGAGCGUGGGAAAUUCUCCUGCGUCUGUCCUGAUGGGUAUCAGUUACUGGGCUCGCGUCUCUGCCAAGAAAUAAACGAAUGUGAGGUGGGAACUCAUCAGUGCUCAGAUGGACAAACCUGUGUGAACAUUCAUGGAGGUCAUAAAUGUGUUGACACCAAAAGCUGUCAGGAACCCUAUGUACAAGUCGCUGACAAUCGCUGUGUGUGUCCCAUAACAACAUCUGGCUGUCGAGACCUUCCCUAUUCCGUUGUGCAUCGCCACAUGAGUAUCACCUCCGAACGCUCUGUUCCCUCAGAUAUCUUUCAGAUCCAGGCAACCAUCGUCUAUCCUGGAGCCUAUAACACUUUUCACAUCCGCUCUGGAGAUGAAAAUGGAGACUUCUACCUCAGGCAAAUCAACAACAUCAGCGCCAUGCUUGUUCUCGCCCGCGCCGUUAACGGCCCCGCAGAGUAUGUGCUAGAUCUUGAGAUGGUUUCUGUCAACCCUCGCAUGAGCUACCAGACCAGUUCAGCCCUUCGCUUAACAGUAUACGUCGGGCCCUAUGCCUUUUAACCGAGAGAGAUGGCCAGAGAGGGAACCAGAGGUGGAAGAGUGGAAGCACUGAUUGAUUCAUCCAACAAUGGGGUUUUAUGAGCUGAAUCUGCCAACAUUUCCAAGAUUGUACAGAGGUCAUUCUCAUGGGAGCUGUAGCAACCAGUGCAACUACUACAUUAGAUAUAGGAUAUUAGAGACAGGCACUAUAUUUUAUGGACAAAAUGUCUGUACGAUUUCAACUCACUAUGUUGUCUCAUAUGGAAAACGUUUCUAGCUGCACUAUGACUUCAAACCUGCUGUACGACUCAUGUUUUGUGAUACUCUCCCAUGUUAAAGUAUAUUAUAGUUUAUUUCUUUAGAGAAUCUUGUCCUCAGGAUGAGGGGUGCAGCUCUGCCGUGUCACUAUAAUAAUUUCUCCUGUUCAAUCAGAUGUAGCAAUAACAACAUCAGGGCACCGAGGCUGUAAAAAUGCAUCUCUGUAUGCACCCAGCCUCGAGCUAAAGCCAUUAUUAAUUUCUACUAUGUGUAAUCCAUCCCUGAGUUUAGUAUUUGUUGUUAUUCAUUGCUGUUUUUCAGUAACCACUCAGUCAUUCCAAACCUCUACCCCCCACCAUCAUCAAUAAUGUUCACAACAUUACUUUGUGUCGUUUUUUAUACCAUUGCUGCCAAUGUUGUAUUUUCAAUCCUGGAUUUAUUACUGUAAUAAAUUUGAUAAAACCAUAAAAAUCUGGCUCCAGACCUGCAAUUGUUUGCAUUCCUCUGAGCACAUUUUCUUGCCACUUCUCUGCUAUACUUCCUCUUCGCCUAAAGGAAAGUCACGUUCAAUGCCCCGCUUAACCCUGCCGCCCACCCUUCCGAUCUCUUGAGUCAUCUAACCACAGGAUGGACUGGAAUCCUGCUGUGGAGCUGUCCGCCUCUCUGCAGUCUCAUUAGUACAAGCCUGACGAGAAAGAGAACUGUGCUAAAGACGUGCUGUUAUCAAUACGUCUGCAGACGGUUAUUUAUAGCAGUGUAUCUACAGACACGAGACAAAACA